AUGCCUACGGCAGACGAUGCGUACUACAACCUCGGGCAGUUUCAUAUGCCCGUCACAACCGCAAGCACCGAAGCGCAAAAAUGGUUCGACCGCGGGCUCAUCUGGUGUUUCGCUUUCAAUCACGAAGAGGCCGUGAACUGCUUCGAACGCUCCGCGGCGGAAGAUACAACCUGUGCGCUAGCAUACUGGGGCCUCGCAUUUGCGCUGGGGCCAAAUUACAACAAACCUUGGGGCAUCUUUGAUAAGCUGGAGCUGGCACGCAACGUUCAAAAGGCAAGGCGCGCAAUCGUGCAUUCCCUCAACGUGUCAACGCACUCGACCCCAAUCGAGCAGGCGCUAGUUGGCGCUCUCCAACACCGUUACCCGCAAGAACGGCUGACUCCAUCUCAGGGGUAUGCGCAGAACCACAAGUACGCCGAGGCGAUGGAGCAGGUGUAUCUUCGGUAUCCAGAUGACCCAAACGUCACGGCGAUAUUUGUCGAUUCGCUGAUGAAUCUUACUCCGUGGCAGCUAUGGGAUGGACGGACGGGGAAACCUGCGAAGAGGGCGAGGACAAUAGAGGCAAAGGCAGCGCUGGAAAGGGGGUUGGCCAAACACCCAGCCCAUCCGGGCAUGUUGCAUUUGUAUAUCCAUCUAAUGGAGAUGUCAAGCAACCCUGAACAUGCUCUGAAAGCGGCUGAUACCCUGCGCGGGCUGAUUCCUGAUGCUGGUCACCUCAAUCAUAUGCCAUCGCACAUCGACAUUCUCUGUGGAGAUUACCGGAGCGCAGUGGUCUCCAACACGGCCGCCAUCCGGGCGGAUGCCAAGUUUGUCAACCGAGACGGGGCCAUCAACUUUUACAGCCUCUACCGUUGCCACAACUUCCACUUUCGUAUUUAUGCCGCGAUGUUUGCCGGCCAAUCGAAGGUCGCUCUGGAGACGGCCGCUCUGCUCGAGGAGACAUUGCCCGACUCGUUGCUGCGCAUCAAAUCACCACCAAUGGCAGACUGGUUAGAAGGGUUCCUGUCCAUGAAAGCUCACAUCCUCAUCCGGUUUGGUCGCUGGCAAGAAAUCAUUGACCUUGAGAUUCCAGCGGAUCCGGAAUUUUACUGCACCACGACCGCCAUGACACACUACGCCAAAACCAUUGCUCUGGCAAACACAGGGAGGAUAAACGCCGCCGACCGCCAUCGGGAACUGUUUCGGGCCGCGGUGAAGACGGUCCCGUCGUCUCGCACUGUGUUCAACAACACAUGCCAGAACAUACUCAGAAUCGCCGCAGCAAUGCUCGAUGGCGAACUCGAGUACCGCCGAGGAAGCACGGAACUUGGGCUUGAGCACCUUCGUAAAGCCAUUCAGCUUGACGAUUCUCUCCCAUAUGACGAGCCAUGGGGGUGGAUGCAGCCGACACGCCACGCAUAUGGGGCGCUUCUCCUCGAACAAGGGAGAACCGAGGAAGCAUUGGCUGUUUACACGGCUGAUCUGGGGUUUGACAACACCCUCUCUCGUGCCCAGCAAAAUCGAAACAAUGUGUGGGCGCUUCAUGGGUUCCACGAGUGUCUGACGCGCCUCGGGCGAGAUAGCGAGGCCCGCAUAAUUCGGCCGCAGCUGCAGCUCGCGCUCUCCGUCGCAGAUGUGCCGAUUCAAUCCUCAUGCUUCUGUCGCAACGUUUCCCGGCUUUGA